AGACCUCGAACUGUUUAGUCUGAGAGCGCGGCCCCGUAGAACCGGUCGCCCGAUCCAUUGGUUGACUCUCAAUCACUGCACAUUCGAAAUGAGGGCAUUAAGUGUUAUCGUCGUCCUUGCAUUGGCAUCAGUAUGUAAAGCAGCUCUUCCACAACUGCGAUUUGCAUGGAAACAAGUAGAUUACGCUUGGGAAACGCCCGCCGAUCGUGAUAAAGCUAUUAAAGAUGGCACAUUCGUACAGUACAACAACUUUCCAGUAGGGUUAGCCCGUUGGAAAAACAAGCUGUUCAUUACAGUUCCAAGAUGGAAGAAUGGUGUAGCUUCUUCCUUAAACUAUGUAGAUCUGGACGGCCCCACAGACCAGCCGCUGAAGCCAUAUCCAUCGUUCAAAGAUAAUUUGGUUCCUGACAAUGCAAAGAUGCUGCCAUCGAAUAGUUCCGUGAUCUCAGUAUUCAGAGUGCAUGUAGAUCCGUGCGAUAGACUUUGGGUUAUGGAUACAGGACUUGCCGAAAUAGCAGGUUCAGCAAAUCAGAUUGUCGGACCAUCUAUCAUGAUAUUCGAUUUGAACACUGAUCAACUGCUACAUCGGUACUUCCUCAAGUUGUCUGAUAUGAAAGAGGAUACCUUUUUUGCCAAUAUUGUUGUAGACGUAGACAAAGAUACGUGUGACAAUGCAUUCGCAUAUUUGUCUGACUUGGGAGGUUACGGAGUGGUCGUCUACAGUCUGAAACAGGAUGACUCAUGGCGUGUGUCCCAUCAUUACUUCUUCUUCGAGCCAUUAUUUGGUUCUUAUAAUGUAGCUGGCAUCAAGUUCCAUUGGACCGAUGGUGUGUUUAGUGUGGCAUUGUCAGAACCUAGGGAGAACGGAUAUAGAACAGCAUUCUUCCAUGCAAUGUCCAGUACAAAAGAAUUCUGCGUAUCCACAGAGUUGUUACGGAAUUAUACAAAACUAGACAAGACUGAGGCAUUCCAUGAUUUCAAGCUGUUGGGUGACCGAGGAGAUAACACGCAAUCUUCUGCUAGUUCUUAUGACGAAAAAACAAAAGUGCUUUUUUAUACACAGGUUAAUCGCGACGGCGUUGCUUGUUGGAACUCGAACAAGCCAUAUACUCCUGAAAAUAAUCCUUUAGUGAUCACCGAUCCCAAACUCUUUGAAUUUACUAAUGAUAUAAAGGUGGAUAAUGAAAACAAUUUGUGGAUGCUGUCUGACAAAAUGCCUCGGUUUAUUUAUUCUGAGUUGGACGUGAACGAUAUUAACUUUAGGAUAUUCAGUAUUAGUACGUCAGAAGCAAUUGCGGGCACUACCUGCCAAUAAUUCGACAUCUCAAGUUGUACACGUAUACCUACUUAUCUAUGAAAUAAUCUGUAAUUAUAGCUUUGAUAUUGUUAUCCAUUUGUAACAGACUGUUUUAGUUAUUUUGUCAUUGUAAAAAAAUAUUGAUUUCUAUUUGACUUAGUUCAAAUAAUCUGCAUCUGAAUCUUUAGGAAUUCCUGUCAUUUGAAGAAUUUUUUCAUAUAUGAGAUGGCGAUAAUCCAAAAUUCAUAGUAAGUACAAAAUUUAUAGUAUCUACAAUAUGUGCAAAAACAUCUCUUAGUGUUAAUUAAGUGACGUAAGAUACUUAUGAAAUUUAGAUAAAUUAGUGUUAUAUACAACUAUAUUUAUAAGAACGAAUAAAUUACUUAUUUAUAUGUAUCAUUUAGAUAUGCUGCUAGAAGAGUACAAAGUAAAAAUAUGGUAAAUUAUUAAUGUACCUAUAGAUAAUGACUUAUGUAAUACCAGCGUGCUGUUGCCAAUAACAAUGAAUUAAAACAACAUAAUAGUUUAUAUAAUAUAA